AAAUGGGUGUGUGGACAGCCUUGAUACUGGCCUCGCAUCUGCUAUUAAAACUGUGCUUACACGUGGAAGCCCAGGCUCUAGUCUAUGAUCUGCUCACCUCGCCUGAUUGCCUGCCAGACCUGCUGCAGGGGGGUCUGGCUGAGCAAGGGGUGAAUGAGGCUUUCAUCCUAGCCUCCUUCAAGUUGCAACCCAAGACCGGAACCACUGUGUUUGGCCUGUACAACCCACGGGACAACAGCAAGUACUUUGAGUUCACCGUGAUGGGGAAGCUCAACAGAGCUGUGUUACGCUACCUGCGGACUGACAAGAGGAUGAGCUCGGUAACCUUCAACAACCUGGUGCUGGCAGACGGCCAACAACACCGACUGUUGUUCCACCUGAGGGGGCUGCAGCAGCAGGGGCCAGGCGGGGUGGAGCUGCAUCUGGACUGCAGGCUGGUGGAGACGGUCAGGGAUCUCCCUGCUGCCUUCCAGGGUUUGCCAGCAGGCUAUGGUAUGGUGGAGCUAAAGACCAUGCAAGCCAGAGAGCAGGAGAGUUUAGACGAGCUCAAACUGGUGGUUGGAGACUCCUUUGAGAAUGUUGCUUCAUUACAAGACUGCCAUUUCCAACAAAGGGACUCCGUCCAAACUCUGGGGGUCAACACGAAGCAGCUGUCAAAUCAAAUGCUGGAGUUAACAAAGGUGAUAAAUGAGCUGAAAGAUGUCCUCAUUCAGCAGGUCAAAGAGACCUCAUUUCUCAGAAACACCAUCUCCGAGUGUCAGGCCUGCGGCCUGGGUGGAACUGAGGUGGUGAAACCAAGGUGUACCCCAGGUGUCUGUUUCCGUGACGAUAUGUGUAUAGAGACAGCGGAUGGUGUUGAGUGUGGACCCUGUCCUGAUGGGUACACCGGGGAUGGUUUCAACUGUGAUGAUGUGGACGAGUGCCAGUUUAACCCCUGCUUCCCCGGAGUGAAGUGCGUGAACACUGCCCCGGGCUUCCGCUGCGACGCCUGUCCUCUGGGCUACACCGGCCUGCCAGUGGAGGGUGUGGGAGUUUUGUUUGCUCAGACCAACAAACAGGUGUGCGACGACAUUGACGAAUGCAAAGAACCCAACAACGGAGGCUGCACCGCAAACUCAGUCUGUCACAACUCUGUGGGCUCCUAUCAGUGCGGCAGCUGUAAGUCAGGUUUCACAGGAGAUCAGGUGAAGGGCUGUAAACCAGAGGUCAGCUGCAGCAACAGCCUGACCAACCCCUGUGAUAUCAACGCCCAGUGCUUUGUGGAAAGAGAUGGGUCAGUCACUUGUCAGUGUGGAAUUGGCUGGGCAGGUAACGGGUACCUGUGCGGGAAGGACACCGACAUUGAUGGAUACCCAGAUGAGAAACUCAAAUGCAAGGAUGUGAGCUGUAGAAAGGAUAACUGCGUCUACGUUCCUAACUCUGGUCAAGAGGACGCCGACAGGGACGGCCACGGAGACGCCUGCGAUGACGAUGCAGAUGGUGAUGGUAUUCCAAACGAGCAGGACAACUGCUGGUUGAAGCCCAACUUGGACCAGAGGAACAGUGAUAAGGACAGCCACGGCGAUGCCUGUGACAACUGUCGCAUGGUGGAGAACCCUGACCAGAGGGACACUGACAGCGACGGCAAAGGGGACGCCUGUGAUGACGACAUGGAUGGAGAUGGCCUGAAGAACUUCCUGGACAACUGCCAGCGAGUCCAGAACAGAGACCAGUUGGACCGGGACGGAGACGGCGUGGGAGAUGCCUGCGACAGCUGCCCCGACAUCCCCAACCCGAACCAGUCUGAUAUUGAUAACGACCUGGUUGGAGACUCCUGCGACACAAACCAAGACAGUGAUGGCGACGGUCACCAGGAUACCAAGGAUAAUUGCCCAUUCGUGAUCAAUAGCUCCCAGCUGGACACCGACAAAGACGGGCUGGGUGACGAGUGUGACGAUGAUGAUGACAAUGAUGGUAUCCCAGACUCUAUACCACCCGGACCAGACAACUGUCGGCUGGUGCCAAACCCUGACCAGACUGACGACAACAAUGAUGGAGUUGGAGACGUGUGUGAGUCUGACUUUGACCAGGACAAAGUGAUUGACAGGAUUGACAACUGUCCUGAGAAUGCCGAGGUUACCCUGACUGACUUCAGGGCCUAUCAGACAGUGGUGCUGGACCCCGAGGGCGACGCCCAGAUCGACCCCAACUGGGUCGUUUUAAACCAGGGAAUGGAAAUUGUUCAGACCAUGAACAGUGAUCCAGGACUUGCUGUUGGUUACACCGCUUUCAGUGGAGUGGACUUUGAGGGGACAUUUCACGUGAAUACAGUGACUGACGAUGACUACGCCGGCUUCAUCUUUGGCUACCAGGACUCAUCCUCCUUCUACGUGGUGAUGUGGAAGCAGACUGAACAGACCUACUGGCAAGCGACACCCUUCAGAGCUGUGGCCGAGCCCGGCAUCCAGCUUAAGGCUGUCAAGUCUAAAUCAGGCCCCGGGGAGCACCUGAGAAACUCGCUGUGGCACACGGGAGACACCAACGACCAGGUGCGUCUGCUGUGGAAGGACCCCAGAAAUGUAGGCUGGAAGGACAAGGUGUCCUACCGUUGGUACCUGCAGCACCGCCCACAGGUUGGCUACAUCAGAGCACGGUUUUAUGAGGGAACUGAGCUGGUUGCAGACUCUGGUGUGACUAUUGACACGACUAUGAGAGGAGGACGACUCGGUGUGUUCUGUUUCUCUCAAGAAAACAUCAUCUGGUCCAAUUUGAAAUACCGCUGCAAUGACACCAUCCCUGAGGAUUUCCAGGAGUUCAGCACUCAGCACGGCGCUGACUCACUCUAAAGUCAAGAUAAAAAUAUGACACCGGAUCUCGGGAGAAUGCUUCUUUGAGUGUGUAUGAGUGUG